AGUAGUAGCAGUUGUAGCAGUAGUAGCAGUAGCAGUAGUAGUAGUAGCAGUAGUAGUAGUAGUAGCUGUAGCAGUAGUAGCUGUAGCAGUAGUAGUUGUAGCAGUUAUAGUAGUAGCAGUAGCAGUAGCAGUAGCAGUAGUAGUAGUAGUAGUAGUAGCAGUAGUAGCAGUAGUAGCAUCAGUAGCAGUAGUAGCAGCAGUAGUAGUAGUAGCAGUAGUAGCAGUUGUAGCAGUAGUAGCAGUAGCAGUAGUAGUAGCAGUAGUAGUUAUAGUAGUAGCAGUUGUAGUAGUAGUAGCAGUUGUAGUAGUAGCAGUUGUAGUAGCAGUAGCAGUAGUAGCAGUAGCAUUAGAAGCUGUAGCAGUAGUAGUUGUAGCAGUAGUAGUAUUAGCAGUAGCAGUAGUAGCAGUUGUAGUAGUAGCAGUAGUAGUAGUAGUAGUAGCAGUAGUAGUAGUAGUAGUAGUAGCAGUAGUAGCAGUAGUGGUAGUAGUAACAGUAGUAGUAGCAGUAGCAGUAGCAGUAGUAGCAGUAGUAGCAGUAGCAGUUGUAGUAGUAGCAGUUGUAGUAGCAGUAGCAGUAGUAGCAGUAGCAUUAGAAGCUGUAGCAGUAGUAGUAGCAGUAGCAGUAUUAGCAGUAGCAGUAGUAGCAGUAGUAGUAGUAGCAGUAGUAGUAGUAGCAGUAGUAGCAGUAGUAAUAGUAGUAGCAGCAGUUGCAGCAGUAGCAGCAGUUGUGGUAGCAGUAGUAGCAGUUGUAGUAGUAGCAGCAGUAGCAGCAGUAGCAGUAGUAGCAGUUCUAGCAGUAGUAGUAGCAGUAGUAGUUGUAGCAGUAGCAGUUAUAGUAGUAGUAGCAGUAGUAGUAGUAGCAGUAGUAGUAGCAGUAGCAGUAGCAGUAGUAGUAGCAGUAGUAGCAGCAGUAGUAGUAGUAGCAGCAGUAGUAGCAGUUGUAUUAGUAGCAGUAGCAGUAGUAGCAGUAGUAGUUGUAGUAGCAGUAGCAGUAGCAGUUGUAGCAGUGGCAGUAGCAGAUAUCCCUGCUCUGGGCCUGCCUGGUUCCUCAGGAAAGCCGGUCCAGCUGAUGCCUGGCUGGGACCUAGAGGAGGAUAA